AUGUCACCAACAACAACAUCACCAGGGGUUUUCACGUCCUUUUUCCGAUGGCUCCGCCUAAAGAAUUACCAGUAUGAAGUGACAUUCUCACUAUACAUGCUUACCCCUAUAGAGAAAGUUGUCUUCAAUACUAUACUGAUCCUCUUCACCUCCAUGCUGAUUAUUGCCGCCUAUAUAUACCUCCCGGACCAUGUACUCUCUCUUUAUCGGCAUAUCAACUAUUACUGGGCUGGCCAGCCUGUCGCCGAUCAAAUCGCGUUACAUGCCGCGAACAUGAAGCUCUCCGCUGCAGCAGCUAAUGCAGCAACUACGGCCGAGGCAUUAAAAGAAUUAUGA